UCGAGAUCAAUCGAGUAGAGUCGAGAUAACACAGGACGCUGCGAGACAGGACGAGAUUUUCAGUGAAAUCGACGAUGAUUGGUGGUGAUCGAGAGCGCGAUGGCAUCGAUACAAGAUUUAUCGAUAUCAUGGCAACCAAGGAACAGAGGCAGUAAUUAAUAUUCGUAUUAGUGACGAUCCUUGUGCGUUUAUGGGAAGGACGAAGUUACGUUGACUGCGUAUACGGUUACGUAUAUGCUUUUUUUCGAGGAAAGCGAGGAACGCACGCGUGCCGAAUUAUAAUGCCGACGCGUGAGAGAUUGACACACAUCGAGUGACAGUGAACACGAAACUCGCGUAGAGCGAAUUCGAGUGACGACAAUCUACCAUCUGGUCCAAUCAUGCUCAACAUCAGAACUGAACAGCCAAGAGAGAAUUCGACUGCUUCGGGAAUCGCCGUUUCGAGCGAAGCAACAUGGAAGUAACCUGUUCGUCGGAAUACCAUUCGAUUCGCUCCGAAAAUAUUUUCGUCACUGUGCCGUUUGAGAAGAUUCGCGAGGGACCAACUAUCAUUCGAUUCGUUGGAUGAUAAUCGAUCUACAACAAUGUAGAUCGAGGGACAUUGAUUCCGGAAAAUAAGCUGACAGCGAGACAGUCGUCAUGCAUCAUUUAUUGCAUCUUCGUAGUCGUCCUUUGCAAACCCUUAUUCUAGGAUUGAUUGGUUUAACAUUUUAUGCAUAUUACCGCACUACUUAUUACGAUGUCCCUCAGUAUGCUGUACCCCGGAAUAUUAGUCACUCUGCGUAUCGAGAGAUUAUCAAGCAACGAUCAAAUACAAGCAUAGAACAACAUAUGGCAGUUCUACCAAAAAAUGCCUCCUCUGAGGCCUUGGCUGCCCCUCUUUACAAUUUACAAAGCAACAACAUUUCAAGUCCUGUGGUUACAACCUCGUCGACAUCCUCAAGCUCUCAAACUCAAUUUUUGGCAAGCGUAUCAAUCUCUGGUUCAAAGAAAAGUAGCGAGAAACCUCUACCAAGAAUAGAAAAAACUUCGAACGAGACUAAAGAACCUUCCACGAUUUCCAACGAAUGCUCCGCGCGUGUUAUUUAUCAAGCUGGUCACGCCGUACCGAUUCCGGAAAGGUGCCCGAACUUUGGCAAAGAUAUGGAUCUGGUUAUAAUAGUAAUGUCCGCACCGACUCAUCUGGAGGCUCGAAUGGCGAUACGACAAACAUGGGGACACUUUGGUCAGAGAAGCGACAUUAGUAUCCUGUUCAUGUUGGGUACGACGCUGGACCCCAAAGUAGAAACAAUUUUAAGAAGAGAACAAAAAACCUACAACGACGUGAUACGAGGACAAUUUUUAGAUUCCUAUUCUAACUUGACGCUGAAAACGAUUUCUACCCUGGAAUGGGUAGAUAGUUAUUGUUCCAAGGUUAAAUUUCUUUUAAAGACCGACGACGACAUGUUUAUCAACGUUCCACGUUUACAAGCCUUCGCGAUGAAGCACGCGAAGGACAAAAACGUGAUAUUCGGUAGACUUGCGAAGAAGUGGAAACCGAUUAGGAAUAAGAAAAGCAAGUACUACGUCUCGCGAACGCAGUUCAAGCACGCCGCUUUCCCAGAUUUCACUACUGGUCCGGCAUAUCUGCUGUCCAGCGACAUUAUACGCAAACUGUACAACGCUGCAUUGGAUCAAACGUAUCUCAAACUCGAAGACGUCUUUGUGACUGGAAUCGUCGCAGACAAGCUAGGGAUUAAGAGGACGCAUGCCAACGAAUUUUUAAACAAAAAGAUAUCGUACAGUGCGUGUAAUAUUCAACGAGGUAUCAGUAUACACAUGGUCAAGUAUAGCGAACAGUUCGAUCUAUGGAAAAAAUUACUCGACGGUAAGAGUAAAUGCAAGUGAUAGACAUCGAUUACAAUUCGAGUCGUACGCUCAUGAUUCUUAAACCGAGUGUGGCAAAUUACGUGUCGUCUCAUUCGCUUAGCGUAUUCGAUACUAGCUUAUCGCGUCCAUUCAAUGCUCGAUUACUAUGGAUCGAGUAACAUUAUUUUGUCGAUUUACCUAUACAAACGACGGAUUACUUUUAGACUCUGUUGACUUCGUUUUUCGAAGCUCGAGCAAGACCUAUGAAAACAAAGAUCUGAAACAAAGAUCUGCUCGACUAUAUAACGUAAUCAUAUUAAUUACGCCUCGUCUUAGUAAUAAUUUACUAGAGUAAAUUAUAUUACUCGAUGGACGCGUGUAAAGAAUUGUUCGCAAUUUAAUGCCUUAAUUCUCCGACACUCGUAACGUAUUUAUCUAAUAUAUAUAUAUUCAUACAAACAUACAUACAAUGUACUGGGAAGAAUCUCGUUUACUAUUAAGCGGUCAUUUCUACGAAAGUGUACACGUUUUUCGCGAUAAAAUGCGUCAAUCGAGAAUAUAAGGCUGUUUCGUUUUUUGAAAUACGCAUUGUUCAUUGUCUGAAUAACGUAUAAGAUUUUAACGCGAUCACGGGAUCGAUUCUCCGUUUUACAGUGCCAUACGCGUAAGAGAAAUCAGUUCCUUUUUUUUUUUUUUUUCGUCCACACUUGUAAAGCGUCAACGAAUGAUUGCGUAACAUCGCGUUCUCAAACAUUUCCGACGGUCAAAGAAAUCCUUGUAAAUGAUUGCGAAGGCAACUAGGAUCGAGACAAUCGGGCCAAGGUAUUCGAUUAUCGUAUUGAAAUGCAACGUCUAAAACUUAAUCGGUGGCCUUAGCAUGCUUUCGAAGAUCGUUGAAUUAAAAUAAAAUUUUAAUUGCUAUGCAAAUGUAAUGGUACGUUUUGUACACAUUUCUCCCCUGCUCGGUUGGCUACGUGUCCUAUAUAGUGCCUAGUAAUAGACCAGGUUUCUGUACGCAAGAUUUCAUGUUGCAAACAUCUUUCUGAGCAACAAUCGUGUGGUAACAAGUUCUCCGAAGAAGACAUUAACUAAUGCUUUGAACGCAUAUGCCAGAAAUGACGAAUACGAUGUCGUCGUUCUAAUAACGGCAUUUGAAAGAGAGAAAGUGCGUGUCAACAUUCUCAGCUAUGUGAUUACUUACGGAUUGCCCAGUCAAUUCUUAACUUCGAAUCGCAAGUUAGGCCUGAGUCUUUGAUACAAUGAAGAACUAGUAAAUUGUUUGCUAUCGUGGCUUUGUGAAAAGCCGGACAGUCGCCGAUUCAAACGGAUAAAUCAUGCCUAACAUUUUUUAACGAUGCUCGCGCAUAGAUCUUUCUCAGGAGGAUAAUCCUUCUGGGAUUUGGUUAGACAAUCGCCUUUUAUUCUACGCGACAUUUCUUUAUGCUGGCUAUAAGAUUAGAAUAUAUUACAAGGUCUCGUGUUCGCCUGACAUCUUAGAAAUAGUUAGAUAAGUUAGUUUGGACUCCAUUAACGAAGAAAAAUCUGAAAUUUGUACUUUAUCGUUAUCUACCACAGUGUAUCGAUCUGAUAAACAAUAACGAUAAUAGUAUCCUAUGAAAAGAGAACACGAAGCGCGAAUUUUAAGUUGUGGUCGUGCGUGGUGUUGUGCCCGUGGAGUAAUGUAUACGUAAAACAAUUUAGGGAUUAUACCUUCCGAAAUGACCGAUGUCGAUUCGCACCAACGAUCGUACGACAAACGAUCAUUAUUCGUUAUAAGUAUAUACAUUCCAUGACAUUGCUAGACUAGUUACAAUUCUGAAAUGAUUUUCAUUUUAUUUUUAUACGGUUCUAUUGCGCGAGUGUUCUCUUGUUAAAUCUACACGACGAUUCCCUACGCUCAAUCAUUUUUUCGGGAAUCGAUUCCUCGAUGAAACGGUUGUUCCUGUUUUACCUUGAAUUUAUUGCGAAAAUACAAUUAUGUCUCGAUUCGUAUAUCGAAGAUUCCUAUUUUAUUGCAAGAGUCCGAAUGAAAAGUUGUAAUUAGAAACCAGAGCGUGUUUGCUGUAUUAUAAAAACAAAAAAUACGCCUAAUUUAUACGAGUCUCGUCUUAUGUUGUUUCGAAUGCAUUAUCACCAAUUUAAGAAUAGGAUAAUUCACGGAUGCGUGAUACGUUUGAUUCGACGUAAAGUCGAAAGAUUUGACUAAUAUUAUAAAUUGUAUAAAAUCUGCCUUAUUUUCCCGUACAUAUUUUCUAAUUGUACGAAAUGUAGCGUAAAUGAACGAGUUUAUCAACUUAA